GCGGUGGCCAUCGCUUUCGAGACAGCGAUGUUCCCAAACUGAACACAUUACAAAGCCGCCGCCGCUCCCACCCGCGUCGCCACUCCUCAUCCGUUCGACUUGAACAUUGGUCAUUAUCCCAUUUCCAUUGCCGUCGACACAAAGACCAACGAGCCAACAUGGAUGUUUGCUACACGUCGGCCGCGCACAACCUCCACACGGAAGCCCCUCCCUCCGACAUUGUAGCUGCCAUGGAACAGCUCAAGCGCCAACGCAACGCAGUUGAAGACAAGCGAAUGCAACUUGCACAGGCGCUCGCGAUGGACGAUGGCAGCGUGACCAAGGCCGAGAAACAGCCUCCAACGAGCGAGUUUGCACGACUGUUCCAGAACAACGUCGUCCCGACUCCACUCGCGUGAGGAUGAUGCCACCGACCGACGCCGUCCCCACACACAUCGGCGACCUCUAUUUAACAGAUGAACCCAAAUGUAUAUUCCCAUUCAACCUGGC